CACAUCGGCUUGAAUAAUUUUGGAGUAAAUUUAGGCAACUGACAGAUAACUGGCAGGAUCUCUAAUGGCAAGAGAAAAUUCUGAAAGCUUAUUGGAGGACUGAACAAUAGUUUCCUGAGUCUUUUGCUCCAGCAGGCAUUUGUGACAUACUCUUGGUCUCAGGGGAUUAUUCUCUACGUAUCCAGUGAAAAUUAUUUUAAAUUACCUUUGUUCAUAAUUACAUCCAGAAAAAGCAGAGGCGAUAACAGGUGUGUCUGUCUGAAGUUCUGGCAAAAAUUCAACUGCAUCUGCAUUUAAAUCCAUCUGAAAUGUUACUCUGUAAAGGAAAAUCAUACCAUGUACCUGUUGCUUGCAUUAUUGCUUUCACUUCAGUGAUGAUGACUCUAGCUUAUCUUUGGACACAGAGGCACUCUCUCCAACCAAAAAUAACAACACAAGAAGGCAACCUCUGUAGGGGGGAAAUUGCCAACAAUACAAUCACAGCCUUAAAAGAUACUAGAACUUUUAUCAUUGCCCCGUACUUCGAUGACAGAGAAAGCAAAAUGACCCGUGUGAUUGGGAUUGUUCACCAUAAAGAGGUGAAAGAUCUUUUCUGUUGGUUCUGCUGCCAGCCUGAUGGUGAAAUAUACAUAUCAAAGGCAGAAAUAUAUGUUCAUUCAGAUAGAUUUGGAUUCCCUUAUGCGGCAACAGACAUGCUUUGUUUGGAACCUCAAAACUGUGAUCCAAACUUUGUAUCCAUCAGUUGGGCCCAUAAAGGAAAUAUCGACCAACUACCAAGGUUUGAAAUAAAAAACCGCAAAGUUGAGACAUUUCCCGUUGAAUUCACAGUGUGUAUCUCUACCAUGUUUGGAAAUUACAAUAAUGUCUUACAAUUUAUACAGAGUAUGGAGAUGUAUAAAAUUCUUGGGGUACAGAAAGUGAUAAUCUAUAAAAAUAGUUGCAGCCAAUUGAUGGAGAAAGUCUUGGAGUUUUAUAUUGCAGAUGGAACUGUCGAAAUAAUUCCCUGGCCAAUUACUUCAUAUCUCAAGGUGUCUCCUAGAUGGAGAUUUAUGGAGGAUGGAACACAUAUUGGCUACUACGGACAAAUCACUGCUCUAAAUGACUGUAUUUACCGCAACAUGUACAGGAGCAAGUUUGUGCUUCUUAAUGAUAUUGAUGAAAUUAUUUUGCCCAUUAAACAUUCACAUUGGAAAAUGAUGAUGAGCAGCCUUCAGGAGCAAAAUCCAGGGGCUGGGAUCUUCCUCUUUGAGAACCACAUAUUUCCAAAAACUGUAUAUGCGUCUACUGACAUAUUCAACAUUACAUCCUGGAAUGCUGUGCCUGGAGUUAACAUCCUGCAGCAUAUUCAUAGAGAGCCUGACAGAAAACAUGUAAUUAAUCCUAAAAAAAUGAUAGUUAAUCCAAGGAAAGUGGUUCAGACUUCAGUCCACUCUGUCCUACAUGCCUAUGGGGACAGUGUGAAUGUUCCCAUUGACAUUGCCCUAGUUUAUCAUUGCCGGGAAGCCCUUCAAGGAAAGCUUCCUAGAGAAUCUCUGAUUAGGGAUACAACACUCUGGAAAUAUAACUCAUCAUUAAUCAUGAAUGUUAACAAAGUGCUGCAGAAAACAGUGUUCUAACUACAGAGAAUGAGACAGGAGGGAGGGGUAGUGUAUGGAUUACCAAUAUAUAUAGAGGAUACUGGAAACAGCACUUGGGGGAGACCCAAGUUACAGAUAAUGUGCAUAUAAAAAGUCCCAUGCAGACAAGACAACAAUCAGUGAAGAAAUCAGAUGAUGAUGAAUACAUUUACCAGUGAUUUAAAGCAUGUGGGACCCUGUGAUAAUCUACAAUGACAUAUGAAGCUGUGAAAAAGACUCAAAUCACUUCAAUUAAUUCUCCACUGCAAGUAAACUAAGUGAAACAUGAGAGCCUAGAGACAGUAUCUGAGAAAUGGGCAACAUCUUCCCUACACUAACAGCUGUCUGAGCCGUUGUUCAGGGUGUCGGAAGUGAUGAUGCAAGUGAUUAGAAAGGUUAGGUAAAUCUUGAUUUUUUUUUUCACAUCCGUUGGCCAACAAACUUGCAAACAGUCUGAGGUUGGAUACUAUCGCAGUCAAAGAAGAUUUGUGUGGCGCCUAAGGAGGCUCUAGCCAUCCUUUGAUUUGUAAUUCCUUUAGGAUCCCCUGACAACGGGGCAGGGCUAACUCCGGGAGAAGAAGGGUUUAAAAAGCCAACUUGUGAGUGACCAGAAGAGCUAGAGAACAGGAGUGGCAAGGAGUUUUGCUGGAAGUGUGAAAACCAGAUAUACCUAAUAACCAUUCUCUAAGCUUAGGCCAAUAACCCCCACCCCACCUACCUGCCCACACAAAGAACAAUCAUACAUACACAAAAAAAAAAACCCUGCAAAAAUAAAAAUAAUGCAGGCAGAAGUCCAGCUACAAAGUGGGAGUGAUCAAGUUUAUUGCACUGAAGGCAGCAUUAUAAUUACCUGCCCAGUGGGUGCUUUUGGUGCAAGCAGCUCAUGGCCCUCAGACUGAGUAUGGGCUCUGGAGACCAGAGUGGCUGAAUUGGCAGAGCUAAGGGAGACAUAGGUACAUAGAUGGUACUUUCUGGGGCACAGUAGAGCAGUCCCAUGUCUGGUCUGACAGCCUCUUUGGUGUUAAGGAGGAUGAAAGUCUUGGGAAAGGAGAACAUCAAGAUGGAGCAGACCAUAGUUGAGACCUUCCUUCCAGAUGAUAUCACGGUAUCCUCCUGCACUGAGAAUACCUCUCUGAGGGAAGUUAUUAGAAAGAGACAGAAAUAGUAACGAAGGAUUUGAUUAUUAAAAAUAUAGAUAGUUGGGUUUAUGAUGAAUGAAAAAAACACAUGGUGAACUGCUGAGUGUGCAGGUUGCAGAUCUCACAGGACAUCUAGGCAGUGUUAUGUGCUGUGCAAGGGAGGAGCUGGGGGGGGUUGUAGUACCUACAUGUACCAAUGACCUAGGGCUUUGAUCUCCACCAAGAUCACUUUUUGAAAUUAAGGGCAACCCAGGAUCUAUCCCAUCCCUUCCCUGAGGCCCCGUCUCUUUCCCAAAGCCCUGCCCCAUGCCAUCUCUCACUUUCCCCCACCUUCACUCACUUUCACCAGGCUGGGGCAGAGGGUUGGGGUUUGGGAGAUGGUGCGGGGUCUGAGUUGGGGGCUAAGAAGUUUGCAGUGUGGGAGGGGGCUCUGGGCUGAGCCUGGGGGUUGGGGUGCAGGAGGAGGUGAUGAGUGCGAGCUCUGGAAGGGAGUUUAGAUGAAGGAGGGGUCUCUGGGCUGGGGCAGAGUGUUGGGGUGCAGGAGUGGGUGCAGGGGUGUGGGAUCUGGGAGGGAGUUUGGGUGCAGGAGGGGGUAUGGGAUGCUGGCUCCAGGAGGGGGCUCAGGGUUGGGGUGUGGGCUCCCAGUGACGGGCACUUAUCUUGGGCAGUUCCCGAUCGGCAUUGCAGCGGGGCUAAGGCAGGCUCUUUAACUGCCCCAGCCCCACUCAGGCACAUCGACACCCCCAUCCACACGUCGGGCCUCGCCUCCUCCCCCCCCCCCCCAGCCAGUAGUGUACAACGUGGCCAUGCCACUCUUGGAAGGGGCCAAUGUGUCCCUGCGGCCCCUGAGGGGGGCACGUAGCUCCACUUGCUACCCCUCUCUGCAGGCACCGCCCCCCCACAGCUCCCAUUGGCCACAUCUCCCUGUUCUCAGCCAAUGGAAGCUGCGGGGGUGGUGCUUGCAGGCAGGAGCAGUGUAUGGAGACCCCUGCCCCCUGCCGCAGGGGCAUGCUGGCCACUUCUGGGAGUGGCAUGGGGCCACAGCAGGCAGGGAGCCUGCCUUAGCAACAGGAAGCACCACUGCAGCUGGAGAUCGCGCUCGACUGGGAGAGUCUCCAGGAUUGACCGGUCGAUUGCAAUCAAUGGUUUGGUGACACUGACCUAGGAAAGGUAGGAGAGAAGUCCCUGAGGACUAAUUUAUGCUGCUAGCUAAGAAAUUAAAGUUCAGAACCUCCAUGGUAGCAUUCUCUAAAAGCCAAGAUGGUCAGGGAUGCAACCUUAUGCGCUGAGUGUCCCUAAGCCUCUGACUGGCAGAAGUUCGGCCUAGACAACGGGAUGGAUCACUCAGUUGUCCUGUUCUGUUCAUUUCCUGUGAAGCAUCUGCCACUGGCCCCUGUUGGAAGACAAGAUACAGGGCUAGAUGGACCAUUGGUCUGACUUAGUGUGGCCAUUCUCAUGUUCUUAAUGCAUGGUGAUCAAAAGACCUGAGCUACUAGGGAAAACAUAUGUUCCUUAAGGGUGGCUGCAAGAGCUAGAUUUAGGUAUCAGUCACCAUGCAAAGCCAGGAGAGGGAACUCACACUGGAGCCUCAAACCAUUAAUGAAGAGUUUCAGAGGAACAAGGAGCAAACAAUUGAUCAGCAAUGCUGUGGAUUUUUUGUUUUUAAAGAAAAUUUUAUGGAGUGUGUGCAGCUGAGCACAACCUAAUUAAUGAAAUUGAAAGGUGGGGCGGGGGGGUAGAAAGGAUGGAACCUGUUCUGGCAACUACAAGGUUACUUAUAGCAAAAUAUUGACUUUUACCUGUUUACUUUAUAUAAAAGUCUCUAAAGCAUUAAGAGAUGGAUAGAAUUAGAACUACAAUAAUUACUUGUUGACCACCAUGCUGCUGAAUUAUCUUAAAUAGCCCAGGUACAAAAUAUUAAAAUGAUCUAAAUUAGUGUCAUGUGCAAGUUCUGCUGAAUAAAAGAAUAACCAAAGUAGUGUGAAAAAUGACUUGCAAAUCUAGUAAUUGUUUAAAUUUCACUGUACAUUCUAUUUUAGUGCCAAACAAUAGUAUUUUAUACAAUUUUUUGUAAUUCUGUAUUGUAACAGUAAUGAAAAAAACAUUAAUUUUGUUUGAUUAAGCAAAAAAAUGCAAUAAAAAGGAGUGGGGUGGAUGUUUGAGAGGGUGCUAUUUCUUAACCUUAGGUGGUAUUAAAAGGGCUGCCUUUUUCAGCUGCCCCUAGUUGCCUAAAAAUGUUAAUUGGUCUCAGCUGUGUGCAGGGGACCUCACAGACAGCUUUUGAGGAGCAAUAGCUGGUACUCAGCAGUUAUUUGAAAGGAAGGCUGUUUUGUUUCUAGGUGGAGAAGAGGCUGUUGAAUGCGGAAGCUAUGUUCAGUUUUCCAUGAUCUUUCAUCUUAUUAUGAAGAAACAGUUAUUAGCUGGUUUCUAUUUUUUUGUAAAUCUGGUAAGAUCUGUUGUGUUGCUCCUUUGAGUUAACAUGUACUACUGUCUUUAACUAGUUACUUGUUUAUUAAUGUGUUCAUUCAUGCUUUAUUAAUAGUGAUAGUAGUGACAUGUUUUGUAUGCUGAGAUACCAAAAGCCAAAUCUGUUCCCCAUGCAGAAGGGUCCUCCUUACUGAGGAAACCUCUGGAAACAGUGUUAGGUAGUGGUGACUCCCUGUUGUCUACCACUUAGGGAGGUAGACAUAUCUUUGAUUUCUAUAAAUAACCUUAGAGUGCAGUCUGACAAUCUGAUCUGCCCAACCAAACCUUUACAUCCACAUUCAGUUCCUUAUCAGUGAGCUUUUGUGGAGGUGCAGCAAUCUAUCAUCGCAGAACAGACUGCAGGAUUGGGGCAUUAGAGAAGGGCUUUUACUCAUACAGGGUUUCUACAUAGCAUUUAGGCUUUCAUUCAGUCGGUCUUAAUUUGACUCUUAUAUUACACUUUUGGGGUCCCACUAUAAAUGAUUGAAUUAACUUGAUACUCUUUGUCAUUUUGGUGGUUGAUCUUUUCAAAAUGAGUCUAAAUCAGUAUUUUACAUAUAGUCCAUCAAAAUAAACAUUAUAGCACAGAUAAGCAUUAUAGUGAAGAGCAGUAUGAACAAAACAAUGUUACCAUUAUGUAUUUCUGUGGGGGAGACUUAAUCUUCGGCUCAUAGUGCUACACCACUAAUUAGACAAACCCUUGUAGGCCCAGAUAGUGUAUGGAGGGUGGGGAGGGCGCAGGGCAAGGGAAGGAUAGAAGGUGGUACAAUAAUAAGCAACUCCCUUGUGUUUUGGUGGUGUUUGAACACUGCCUAAAGUGAAUGGUAGCAAGUUAUCAAUAGCGGUAAUGUGCUUCUUGAAUAGUCAUACAUAGGCCUCUAUCAAGCAAGCAGGGUAUCCCUUUAGUUUGACUUGGGUUAGCUCUGAUGGCUUAGCUGUUCUGUAAAGCACUAGCUGAUUAUAUUGAGGCAUCUCACUAACACCCUUUCUAUUUGUCUAAGUGAGUCAAGUAUCUGGCAUUGUGGCUGUGCUAGUGCAUAAAGAAUCUAUAGUUAGUUGCUCAACUAAAUUCAAGACAACCAUUGAAUAGGUACACUGCAUAAAGUUAAGAGAUUAGUCCUACACUUAUACUGGCCUUAAUACUCACUUUAAUGUAAUUCUUUUGUAGUGGUGCUUUUUUCACUGUCCCAUUCUAGUUGAGUGCUUUCUACUUGGUGGGAAAAAGGUAGGAUACACUACAGGCCCAUUUUGUCUUCCAAAAUGUCAUCUGACACCAGGACUAAAUUCACCCAUAUUUUGUUUCAUCUUAUUAGCUGUGGUGAUUAGCUGACCAUGUGCUUGUCACAGUCAUGUGAAGUGUCCCAAAAAGAGUGAACAUUGUAGUAAGAUGAGGUCCUGAAAUAUAAACUCUUGUCAGAGGUGUAGUCUGAGGCCUGAACCAAAGUACUUCCAGGCAUUGCUAAGCAAAAGCUGGCCUGUGAGUCAGAGGCAGGCCUCAUUCACAGAAGUGGCAAGAAGAGGAACUUGUGCCAAGAUGACAUCAGGACACUCCACAGACAUAACAAGGAACAGGGAGGUGCAUCUUAAAGACAGGACAGCGGGAUGGAUAGAUAUGUUUGUCUGGAACAACAUGAUCAAAGGGGAGACAGCACCCUAAUGAGCCAAGGGACUGUACCUCAAUAUGUCAGGAGGGAUGAGUAAUCUGUCCUGUAACUGUAUAAAAGUAGGUCUUGGAGUGCGUAUCUCUGUUCAGCCUAGGGGGCAGUGGAAAGUCCCGCCUCUGACUGAGCUGUGUCCAUUGCCAGAGGGCACAUAUUCAUAGUAUGUCCUGUAGUCUAUAGGAAACUAUUACUGUGCUUCGUUUUGACAAUAAACCUGGCUUGCGUUCCUUCGUACCUUACUAGAGUCUGUGGUCUUUGGGGGUUCUCUUGGGAUUUCCUGUGUCAGCUAUUUGCGCAGAGUUGGGGCAGCACACAGAGGGAACACACACGCAGCCAACUGUUAUCGAACAAGAGCGGAGCACCACACUGGUAGUUAAUGACAGGAAACAUCACUCCUCACUACAGCUGCA